UAGUCUAAUAGUUGUUUUUUCUAUUGAACCCAUAUUGAUUUUUCAAACUAAAAAGUAUAAGAAGUGAAAUCAAAAUCUCUAUUCAUAUCUUAAAUAUCAGGCUAAUAGUUGUAGUUACAAUUUACCAUGUCUGCCAAACUUCAUGAAGCCCAAGAACACUGUAAAGCCGCUGAGAAAUUCUUGAAAACAUCUUUACUGAAAUGGAAACCUGACUAUGAUUCUGCUGCAGAUGAAUACAGCCAAGCAGCGCAAUGUUACCGCAUAGCCCGCGAUUUGAACAAGUCCAAAGAGUGCCACUUGAAAGCUUCAGAGUUCUAUAAGAAAAAUCGGUCAUUCUUCCAUGCGGCAAAGGCGCUGGAGAAUGCUAUCAUUGUCUGUAAAGAAACAGCCAGUCCUGAUGAUUUGUACUCGUUAGCAGUGGAAUCUUCUAGUUUGUACCAACAGCAUGGCUCAGGUGACUCCGGCGCCAGCGUUCUUGACAAAGCGGCUAAGAUCUUAGAGGAAAAUUCCCCACAGCUUGCAUAUAAAUUGUUCCAGCAGGCGGCAGAUGUAUCUUCUACCGAGAGCAGUCAGCAUCAAGGCUCGGAAUACAUCAGCAAGGCAUCCAGGAUUCUUGUGAAACUUCAAAUGUAUGAUCAGGCAGUGGACAGUCUGCGUCGAGAGAUCGGCUUCCAUCAGGAAGCUGGUAACACAGGCGCCGUUGGCAGGUUGACUGUCGCCAUAGUGCUGGUUCAGCUGGCAAGAGGAGAUGCUGUCGCUGCGGAGAAAGCUUAUAAAGAAUGGGGCAACAAUUGUGAAGUGCCCGAGAUGCAGACCAUAGAACAGCUACUGCAAGCUUACGAUGAAGAAGAUCGCGACUCCGCCAUGAGGGCGCUGGCUUCGCCCUUCAUUAGGAACAUGGAUGUGGAGUAUGCCAGGCUAGCAACCACUAUACCCCUCCCUGAGGGUAUCGACCCAGCUCCCAAAGCCAGUGUAAGGGAGAACGCGGCGCCAUCUUAUGUUAGCGCUAACGCUAAUAAUGCAGCUAAAUAUCAAGAUCAAGAGGAUUCUCCUUACGAGCCUGUUGUGUACCAUCAAAAGAAGGCAGAUGAUCAAGACGAGCUUUGUUAAAUGUGUUUACAUGCAGCCAUCACCGUGCACAAGUCUUUUAUUUUAGCUUCAAUUUCUUAUCUCGAGGGCUGUUAACUGCUCAUAGGAAGUAUACAGCGAAGAGAUUUCAUGUAUUAAUAUAUAUAAACACACUGCGUGUAAUAAUGUACUCAAAAGUAGUUAUUAAAAUUUCACUCGUCUAUUGAUAAUUGUAUCACAUUCCGUACA